AAGGGUCACAUGGAUUCGAAGUCUGUUAAGAGAAGGAGAGUAAAUAACAUGUUUAUUCUUCUAGCCCUCCUUGCGGAUGCUUGACUAAGAAGCCAUCCUUAUAAACUCAGAGUUUGUUGCUUAUUAUGGGAUCUGUCCCAUUCGGAUCAUAUUAUGAUCUUUAAAAAUAAUUUUAAACGAGUGAACAUCAAGUUUAAUUUAUUAAUGUAGUGAAAUGUAUUUUAGCACUUUUUUUUCCACUUCUGACAUGACCAUAUCACCAUCAUUGGCUUAAACCUCCUUCCAGAGUGCUGAACUGAUAGAUGUUACCUGUCUGCUCGCUCAGCGGGCCCUCGCUGGGUGCGAGAGCCUCUCUCGGGGCCAGAUGGCGGUGGAGAGAAGCGCGGUGCGCCCCGUUAUAGACGCUGCAAUCAAUCUCACCGCUGGAGCCGCCGGGGGAGUGGCGUGCGUGGUGAGCGGGCAGCCGUUUGACACGGUGAAGACGAAGCUGCAGACGUUUCCCGGCCUGUACCGCGGCUUCGUGGACUGCUCCUUGAAGACGUACCGGCAGGACGGGGUGUGGGGCCUGUACCAGGGCACCAUGCCCGCCCUCCUGGCCAACGUGGCAGAGAACGCAGUCCUCUUUGCCUGCUACGGGACCUGCCAGCAGCUCACUGCCAGAGCCUUCGGUCUGAAGAGCAUUUCGGAACUCAGUGACCUGCAGAACGCUGCCGCUGGCUCCUUGGCUUCCGUGUUCUCCUCGCUGGUGCUCUGUCCCACCGAGCUGGUGAAGUGCCGCAUGCAGGCCCUGCACGAGAUGAGGACGGCGGGGAAGACCUCUCUGGCCAGCCGCGUCUCCACCUGGUCCAUGGUCAGGAACAUCCUGCGGACGGAGGGGCCGCAAGGGCUGUUCCAGGGAAUGACCAGCACCUGGCUCCGAGAGGUGCCGGGAUACUUCUUCUUCUUUGGCGGUUACGAGAUCAGCCGCACCCUCUUAACACAGCCGGGAUGCUCUAAGGACCAACUGGAUGCUCUUCCCCUGGUGGUGAGUGGAGGUAUUGGGGGUGCUUUCUUCUGGCUGACUGUCUACCCCAUUGAUUCUGUCAAGUCACGCAUCCAAGUGCUAUCCAUGACUGGCAAGCAGGCAGGCUUCCUCCAUACCCUCCUCAGCAUCAUACGUGCUGAAGGAGUUCCUGCUCUGUACAUUGGCCUGACCCCCACGGUCCUGCGCGCAUUCCCCUCAAACGGCGCUCUCUUCCUGGCGUACGAGCUGACCAGGAGAGCGCUGACCAGCCAGGCCACGGGCAGCUGAGUGGAUGCGGAGCAGAGGUGGAGCGCCCACACAUGGACACUUGCUGUCAGUUAGCUGACAUCAUUGCUGGGGCUCUAAAUUGUACAGUUACAGGCAGCCAGUGCUUACACCUUUAAUCCUGAGCCUAGUGCCCUUCUUAUAAGUAUCGACCAUGAUAAGGCUUUACAAGGAUCUUCCCAAAGCCGUCAAUGUAAAUACCCCAAAAACUACAUUUGUCACCUCAAAAAAGGCAGGCCGAUUAUGCCAAUGAUUUCAUGUUAAAAAACAGGAAUAGAUCAUGGCUUUUUUAUUUCCUUUACAUAAUUUAACAUUUAUUGAAUAUUUUGGAAUUGUGCAUUGUAUUUUUGUUGGUUUAUGUCUUAGUGUAUGACAGAUAUUAAAAAAUAGGUGCAUUUUGUGGGGUUUUAUUGUGUCUUUGAGACAAUAUCUUUCAUCAUUAAAUAAUAUUUUGAAAAGAUGAAACAGAAAGUAUAA